CGCUCGACCGCUCACGCACAUCAUCUUACGACGACGCACAACGCACUUCGUCCAAAACCCAAUCUGGAUCAUCAACAAUCAUCCUCGUCUCCCCCCGCCGGUCAUCGAGCCUGCAGCGGUCGGUAGCAGCAUCAAAGGCAAUCUCCGCCAUCUGCCCGUUCAUCUGUCGUUGUCGUCUCCACUGCCCCCCCGCCGUGACCCAACUCGACUUGGACUCCCCCUCCAAGCUGGGACCCUCUAGAGGCUUCACCCGCCACAUCUCCUCUCACUGCACACCUUUCCUCAUUGUUGGUCCCUCCCAACAACACCACCUACACGUCCUCCUCAUCACAACAACCGCACAGUCAGCCAUGAACGAACCACCACGUCAAUUCGUGUCCCUCGGUAGCAUGCCCCAACAGCACCAACACAACCCCUCCAGUUACCCCAGCUCCACCCAGCAGGUUGGAGUCCCUCAAUCCUCUGCGACACCAAUCCCACGCUGGGAGGUUGCACCCAGCAACUCGGAAUCUGGACCGCUUCCCAAGUCGGCCCAGACAUCGACGACCAUGUACAUGCCCUCGCUCAGCAGCCAGGCAAGUCCCAUGCAGGGUCUGGCGUUCGACUACACGGCCCAACAGCAGGCUCACCAACCCCGCUAUCCCCCACCCCUUAAGCAACAUCAACAGGACUUUUACACCACUCCCAGGUACAGCAAUCCUCCCCCAUAUAUGACUCCCACGCCGGGAAUGCCGGGCAUGGCCGGCACCUAUCCAUUUGCCAACGAUGUCGUGGAUCAAUGGGGCAUGCCCCUGCCCGCAACCCCUCGGUCUCCGCCAAAAAAGGGCAAGAAUCAGAAGAAGGCCGACGGCAAGCAGGCUACUUUCCUCACAAAGCUUUACCAACUGCUCGAGGAACCGCAGAAUCGCCGAAUUAUUCGCUGGGAUGAAACCGGCACCCUCAUAAUUAUCGAACGGCCGGAUGAACUGGCCGAGAAAGUCCUGCCUCAGGUCUACCGCCAAACGCGCUUUGCGAGCUUUUCAAGGCAACUAAACAUUUAUGGAUGGAUGCGCAAGGUCAGCCUCCGUCAUGUGGACAAUGGUAUCGCAGACCCAGACGCCAGCACAUGGUCCCACCAGACUCUCAGAAGGGAUUCGAGCAAGGAGGAAAUCCAGGGCUACAAGAGGCGUGUGCCACCCCGCCCCUCUCAGGCUCAGAAGAACGCCCAGCGGCUCGCAGAGACCAUGUCGCUCAGCUCCGACUCGUCCGACUUUCACUCGCCCCCCGGCUACACUACCCAUGCCCUGGCCGCCGGUGAACUCAAUGAGCCCAAAACCAUCGACUUUGGUCCAGGGUCAGUCUCUGUCAACACGAUGGUCGCCGGUGGCAGUGGUGGAUCUGCGCUUCAAGCAUUCAACCUCGACUCUGUCGUGGGUGGUCCAAACGCCGGUGCCGGUCCAAGCGCCAGUCCAACGGAGCCGCCUCAGGUUCGACGACUGUCAAUGCCUGCCUCGACUCGUCCCUCGCUCAGCGGCUUUCAGAUGAGCCGUCCCAUGCACCACAAGCAGCACUCGAUGCCUGGUGUCCCACUCCACGGUGGGCUCUCCUCCUUUUCGUCUGCCUACCCGAUGGGCAUGCAACCAAACACGCUGCAGAUUCUCGAUGCCUCUGGUCGUCCCCUCGCUUCCAACGCGCAGCAGCAACAGCAGCAGCAGCAGCAACAACAGCAGCAACAGCAGCAGCAGCAACAGGCCACCACUAACAUGCUAUCGCCUUCCACUGGCAUGAGCGCACUGUGGAUUGCAGACGACUCCAAGGACGGUGAUCUUUUGCUUCGUGGCACAAACGACGCGCCCUCCUUCAAGGUCGACGACGCCUCCACCUGGGCCCGCCGGGGCACCGGCACGCUCGGCGACGGCUUGCGCCCAACAGGGACGGCUUCUAUCAACUCGACGUUCAACAACCACAUGGCGUGGAUUGACGCGAGCAAUCAAGUCUUCCAGCAGCCUGGUCUCCCCGGCUCUGGCAUGUCAGCUGAGGCACAGUCUAAGCAUGUUGCUACAGGUCUCUCGCCGACUACCUCUAUGCUCCCAUCUCAGACGACAGAGGCCUUGGCACCCAGUACUGGUCCCCCCGCCACUCCAGGCCAGGUCUCGCACUCUGGUGCAGGCGCAGUGGCUCAAACGGUUUCGCCGGGCGUCUAUCAAUCCGGCUUUUCGCUUCAAGCUACCGUCUGGAUGUCUCCGCGCGGCACGCCCUCUCCGCCUACGGGAUCUAUCUCCCGCCAAGCGCAAGCACAGGCAUCCUCCGCGACCGCGACCGCGACCAAGUCGGAGCGCCGGCAGAGCCUGAGCCACCCCUACUCUCCGCCGAGUGGCACACGCCCAAUGCCGGCCGGCACUGUGCGCCACGUCGGCAUGGGGCGCAACCGCGACAGCCUAACGAUGAGCAUCAACACGGCGGCGGCCAGCGGGGCCGAGGACGACGGCGCGCUCCCCAGCGCAAGCCUUACGCAGCCGGAGUUGUUUGCCGGUGAGAUUAAGAUUGAGAAGCCCGACCUCGAGCUUUGAGUGAUACCUCCCACGAACGUUACGAACAGGAUGACCAGACGCCUGCCACGACCCGGCGUCUCACGACUCGGCCCCCCGACCCCAUCGACGUGUCUGUCACGCCUGCAUAGGCUGUUAUGUGUUGUAUCGUCCGCAUUCGCGCUGAGCGCUGUCGUAGAUCUGGUAACGAUGUGUAGCAUGCAAUUGAGUGACU